AUGGGCAUUCCAAUGUACGGAGAUGGGGACGAGGACAGAGAGAACGGCGACGACCACAAAAAGCCCCCUGCGGAGAGCCCAAACACCUUGGUCACGGAGAAUGGAAGGCCUCUGCACUGUGCUUUUUGUCGUCGACCUGGACACGUCGUGACUGUGUGUCCAUAUGCCCGCCACUACAAUCGAGCUGCGGCUGCUGUUGAGACCGAGAGGCGCCGCCGUUUCCACUCGAUGGCACUGGCAUGUUGGCUCUCUGAAGGUUAUAUGGGCAGAGGCGCUACCAACUCUUUGGCUCAAGCUCCCUCUAGGCAAGAUGAGAAUGAGCCAAACGGGCACAAUUCCUCCUCGCGCCAGUAG